AUGCAUGCGCCAAUUUGUCUCCUGUCGUUCCUCUUCUCCACUAUGUGUCCCGGUAACGCUUGGAUCGCCAGUAACCUUCUUAUGGCGGGACCAAAGGCUUUUCUCACGUACGCGAGCAGCGUGCAGGCUGGCGCACACACCGGGAUGGAGGAGUGCAAACACCAGUUUGCGUGGGACAGAUGGAACUGUCCCGACAGCGCGAUCCAGCUGAAAGGACUGAGGAGCGCCACCAGAGAGACAUCUUUUGUCCAUGCCAUCAGUGCAGCAGGGGUCAUGUACACUCUGACACGGAACUGUAGCCUGGGAGAUCUUGAUGACUGCGGCUGUGAUGUUUCAAGAAAUGGCAAACUGGGUGGGCACAGCUGGUUGUGGGGAGGCUGCAGUGACAAUGUAGAUUUUGGGGAGAGGAUUUCCAAACAGUAUGUGGACGCACAGGAGACAGGUCAGGACUCCAGGGCUGCUGUCAACCUGCACAACAACGAGGCCGGGCGGCUGGCUGUGAAAGCAACAAUGAAGCGCAUCUGCAGAUGUCAUGGUAUGUCCGAGAGCUGCAGCGUUCAAACGUGCUGGACCCAAGUGUCCGAUUUCAGGGAAGUUGGCAACUACUUGAAGGCCAAGCACAGCCAGGCCCAAAAACUGGACUUAGAUAAAAAGCACAUCAGGGCCGGUAACAGUGCUGAUAACCAUGGUAUCAUUCUGGACGCAUUCGGCAACAUCGCACAGACAGAGCUCAUCUAUCUGGAGGAUUCUCCAGACUACUGUAAGAAGAACAGCAGCCUGGGGCUGUAUGGUACCGAGGGCCGGGAAUGUCUGCAGAAUGUAGAGGGCCUGACGCCGUGGGAGAAACGGAGCUGCCGCAGAUUGUGUCAUGAAUGCGGCCUGAGGGUGGAAGAGAAACGCAGAGAGGUGGUGAGCAGCUGUAACUGCAGAUUUCACUGGUGCUGCACGGUGAAAUGUGAAGACUGCUCUCAGGUUGUCAUCAAACAUGUUUGUGCCAAGCGGGAUGAUGGGCAUGUCUUCAGGAAGAGGUACCGUGGACCCAGGUAA